CCAGAUAGAUAGCAGAAAUGGAAAUAACAGUAGCUCUGUCUGCUCUUUCCCAUUUCUCUGCAGCAUCUCCUCCUCCUCGCUUGCUUCCUUCCUCUUCUUCUCUUGUUGCUUCACUACCAUUUUACUGCUCCAACACCCAACUCCAAGGUGUCAGCAUCAAACGGAAGCUGCACCCACCAACCCCCGUCUCUGCCUCCUCUAACACACAAACUCCUUCUACAGAUGUUUCUGAAAGAUGGCUUCUGGAGCCUGUGGGUGAUGGAGAUACAAGGCAUAUUGGUUUCAAGGUUCAGAUGCCAAGUGCAUUUGAAAUUGCUUCAAAUGUGGUAACUGUUGGCCGCCUUCCGGAGAAAGCUGAUUUAGUGAUUCCAGUUGCAACAGUAUCUGGUUUGCAUGCUCGCAUCCGAAAGAAAGAUGGGAACCUCUUGGUAACAGAUUUGGACAGCACCAAUGGGACAUUCAUUGAUGACCAACGGCUGAGACCUGGAGUUGUUGCCACCUUAUCACCUGGAUCUUGUGUUACAUUUGGAGAUGAACACUUAGCUGUGUUUCGCGUCUCAAAGUUGGACAAUGCAGAAGCUACAAGCAAUCCAGGUCCCUCUGAAGAUAAAGUAGACACUGUCAUCCCUGAAGACGUAGAGACUGUCGCUACUGAAAGAACUAAAACAAUUUGAGUUAAAAUGAACGGUGUCUUUGUAAGAUAUACAUAGCAAGGGAACAAGCUAAUGCAAUUUUCUAACUGGAAAGAUAGGUUUCAGUUGGAAAUUCAGCUGGAUCAAAUAAUCUGUAAAGAAGAUUUUACGGUUUAACAUAUCGCAAUCCGCUUAAUUUCUACAUAGACCUGAUCUUUUCCUUCCC